GUAGUAGCGAGAGAGCUCUUUACUUUGGUCGCUUGCAGCUUUCCCUUCUCAACCCUCGUUUCUCGUACGUUCGCGUCCUCGAGCGGAUUUCCCAAAUUGCAAAAAUGUGAUUUUUCUGUAGGUUUUUUUAGUCAACCAGAAGUGCUAGAUGAUUAAUCUGAUGCUCUGACGAAUUUAUCAGCAAUUCUUGAGUUUUUCUCAUUUUCGAGUCAACACUUUGUGGAGACUGUGUUUGAUUGUACUGUUAAUAUUUCCUCGGCUCAUCAAUUCAUCAGUUCUUGCGAUUUCGAUCAGAAUCUUGGCUAGUUUCACCGGAUUCAGUAAUUCUUGAUCAAGAUGAUGCACGCCAAGUCCGAAUCAGAUGUUACCAGCUUGGCCCCAUCGUCGCCGCCUCGAUCGCCAAAGAGGGCGACCUACUACGUGCAGAGCCCGUCCCGGGACUCUCACGAUGGCGACAAGUCAUCGUCGAUGCAGGCAACCCCCGUGUACAACAGCCCCAUGGAGUCCCCUUCUCACCCUUCCUUGGGGCGCCACUCGCGGACCUCGUCGGCGAGCCGGUUCUCCGGGCCCUUCCGGUCCUCGUCGGGCCGAAAGGGGUAUAGGAAGAGAGUGAACGAGAAGGGUUGGCCCGAGUGCGAUGUGAUACAGGAAGAAGGGUCGUAUGAUGACCUCGAUGACGACAAGGGACUGUCACGCCGUUGCCAGAUCAUCCUUGCGCUCCUCAGCUUCAUCCUGCUGUUCACUGUCUUUUCUCUCAUCAUUUGGGGAGCUGCACGGCCCUACAAACCAGACGUCAUCGUGAAGAGCUUGUCGAUGGAUGACUUUUAUGCUGGAGAGGGUACCGAUACCACUGGUGUCCCAACUAAGAUGGUCACAGUGAACUGUUCAUUGAAGAUAAGUGUGUACAAUACUGCUACAAUGUUUGGCAUUCAUGUAACGUCAAGCCCCAUCCAGCUCAUGUUCUCAGAAAUCACAAUUGCUACCGGUGAGGUGCAGAAAUAUUACCAGCCUAGAAAGAGCCAUAGGACAGUAUCAGCCAUCUUGCAUGGAGAAAAGGUGCCAUUAUACGGUGCCGGGGCAGGCAUGGCUUUAUCCAGCACCGGUGGACAGGUCCCUCUAACUCUGGAUUUUGAUAUCAUAUCACGGGGAGAUGUGAUCGGAAAGCUGGUGCGGGUGAAGCAUCGAAAGCACGUCUCAUGUCAGCUCGUGGUGGAUUCCAGCAAGAACAAGCCUAUAAAGUUUGCCCGUAAUUCAUGCACCUACGUGUGAGGAAUGUUCCUGUUUCUUAUGGUAUGGGAAGCAGCAGAAAUAUCUAUGUUUGCGGUCAUAGAAAAUGAAAAGAAGAGUGUUUUCUGGUGAUUAUAUUUGUAAGUACAAGAUAAUAAUAUUUGAUUGCUUGGAGGUGUGCCUGGUGCUCUGAUGUAUUUGACAUUUUGUUUACUUCAGGCUGUAUACACUUCUUAUAUUUGGACAUCAACAAGGGAAAUAAUAUAAUA